AUGGCUGCCCUUGGUGACUACAUCUUCCUUAUGCAAGCGCAGGAGCAGGACAUCAGCUCUCUGAGAACUCACAACAACUGCAGCAGAAACAUCGCUUGGAAACAGGGACGCCCGGGGCAGCAGGAGCGGCGCGGCGAGAAGCGCCCGGGGCUCGGGGCCGAGGGGACAGACGAGCGGGGCGCGACUCCGGCCCACGCCCCCCCCCCCGCCCCGGCCCGGCUCAGGGGCCACCCGGAGGCCGCCCCCCGGCCCAGGACUGGCACGGACGCGCCAGUGAGCCGGGGGCCAACUCCACAACUUGGCGGCCCCGCUGCCCGGGCCCCCCGAGUUCCCGGGGAGAUUCGGACCCAGCAGGAGAGGCGGAAUUUCCCCGGAAACCACCCCCCCGACACCAUCUCGUCCCGCCACCGAGCCCACCCCGCCGUCUGCGUCCGCUCCCGCCGCCCGCGGCGCCGGCCCCGCCGCCCCGACGCCCCCGAGGCCCUACCGGCCAACGCCAACGCCGCCGCGGGCCGCGCUUCCCGGCCGUUUCCGGCGGCGCGGGCGGCCGCUCCUCCGAGCCCCCCAGCCGCGGCCGCCACUCACCCGAGGCCGCCGCGGCUCCGAGCCCGGGGCUCCGGCAGGCUCACUCCGCGAAGGCGCCCCGCCGCCCCGUCCUCCCUCGGCGCCCCAGCGAGCUCUUGCCUCCGACCGGCACUGCCGAGCGCAGCGGCUGACGCGAGGCCACGGGCGGGCGUGCGGGCGCGCGGGCGGGCGUGGGGCCGGGUCGUCCCUCCGCCUCGGCCACCGCCUCCUCCUCCUCCGCCGCCGCCGCCGCCGCCUCCCGAGUUCGGGGCUCUGCUGCAAUGUCUGCGAGGCUGA